AUGCCGACGGAAGCAGUUGAGCGUGCAGAGCGCGCGGACGACGAAGUGGAGCGGCCGGGCGGCGUGCAAGAUACGCCGCGGCGGGGUCCUCGGUCCACGGAAGAGCUUCAGCGCGGAAAACGGAUGCUGGGGAUGCUUAAUUCGACGCUGGCACAUUCGCGCGAGCCGAAACGCGUGCGCAGAUCGCCUCCUGUCGUGCACACGCCACCGCGCACACACGAUGCGCCACAAGAGGACCUUGCGGCGGCGCGCAGAGCACAUGACGAAGAACGUGCGAUGCUGCGUGCGGACCAGGAGCGUGUCCAGCGCCUCGCAGAAGAGCUCGCGGCAUAUGAAGCAGUGCAUCGCACGGUGCGGUUACAGAAGCGGCGGCUGUCUAGCUUCCCUGUGACGCAAACGGGAGUGCGUGCGUCUUUAGACAUACCCGCGGGCUCCACCGAGGCGGCGGUGACGGCUGUUGCACGUGUGGAAAAAGCACCGAUUGCUACCAAGAGAAUGCGUCAUUGCGAGCUAUACUAUCUUCCGCGCAUGCUCUUACCCACGCAAGAGGACACGCUGGACCGCCAGGAGGAGGAGGUGGACGAUGCGAUCGAUCGUGCGGAUGACGAGUACGAUGCGGUCUUUGAACGCCUCGAGGCAGAGCUCGUCGAACGCAAACAACGGCUUGCACAGCACGGCGUCGAAAUACGAGCGUCGCGUGCGUGGUAA